AUGCGUCAACGGAUUGCUCCCAUCGUCAAUACCCUCAAUCCUCUCCAGUCUCUCAUAGCACGUCGCUGGCGUCCACAAUGGGUCUGUCAAUCCUGCAGACCUCGCCAUCAGCGACUAUGGCCGCGAAGUCUCUCCUCCUCGACCACUACCCGCUCGACCACCGAUAAGACUCCCUCGAAACCCUACUAUGUCACGACUCCCAUCUUCUACGUCAAUGCUGCCCCGCACGUCGGUCACAUGUACACCAUGAUCCUCGCCGACGUCCUCAAACGCUGGCAAGUAAUGAAAGGCCAUCGCUCCAUCCUCCUCACGGGAACCGACGAACACGGCAUGAAGAUUCAACGCGCCGCUGCCCUCGCCGGUGUGGACCCGAAAGAGUUCUGCGACCAAGGCGCCGACGUCUUCCGCAAUCUCGCCGCCAGCGUGGACUUGAGCAACGACAUCUUCAUCCGCACGACGGACUUGCAACAUAGAGAUGGCGUGGAGUAUGCAUGGCAGAUGUUGAAUGAAAGAGGGUACAUCUACGAGAGCAAACAUGAAGGGUGGUAUAGCGUAAGCGACGAGACAUUUUAUCCGAAGAGCCAGGUGCACAUGGUGGUCGACCCGCCUACAGGUAGGAAGAUGAUGGCGAGCGUGGAGACGGGAAAAGAGGUGGAGUGGACGAGUGAGCGGAACUAUCACUUCCGACUGAGUGCAUUCCGGGACAAGCUGUUAGCCUUCUACGAGGCGAAUCCUGAUUUCAUCGUGCCGGCCACGAGGAUGCAAGAUGUCAUCAAUCAAGUCUCUGUCGGACUGGAGGAUCUUUCCAUCUCUCGACCGUCAGAACGACUUCAGUGGGGAAUCCCAGUCCCUACUGACCCAUCACAAACCAUCUAUGUCUGGCUCGACGCGCUUCUCAACUACGCAACGGCAAUCGGCUACCCCUUCACACCUGGGCGGGAGUCCUCGACAGGUUGGCCUGCGGACGUACAAGUUGUAGGCAAAGACAUCGUGCGCUUUCACUGCAUCUACUGGCCCGCAAUUCUCAUGGCGCUCGACCUGCCCCCUCCCAGGCAAAUCCUCACCCACGCUCACUGGACGCUGGGCCGACAGAAGAUGGCAAAGUCCACGGGCAACGUCGUCUCGCCAUUUUUUGCGCUUGAACGGUUUGGAGUGGAUGCCAUGCGAUGGUAUCUCGUGCAUGAAGGCGGGAUCGAAGACGAUGCGGAUUAUGAUAACAAGUUCAUUAUUGAAAAGUACAAGAAGGCUCUGCAAGGCGGACUAGGCAACCUCUCAGCAAGAGUCAUGCGAGGCAAGGGCUGGAACGUUCGCAGAGCAGUAAAGCGCUUCGCCCACCCCGAGCAUGUGCACUCCACGAAGUCUAGCCUCGAAGGGGAAGACAACGUGCCUCCUACCACGCCGGCGGAAGAAGGCGCUCGAUUCCCUGCUUUUCUGGCGUCGACGGAUCGGUUACAUCGUGGAAUUUACGGUUCCAUUCGCCUCACGCCUUCCCGUGCCGACGCGGAGAUGAGGGCGCUGCACCCCAACCGAGCGUUGGCGGCGAUCAUGCACACAGUCUACAAGACCAAUGCAUUCCUGCAAGCUACUGCGCCGUGGGAACUCGCCCAGAAACUCCUGAACGACAAAGCCAUGCCCGCCGAGCGCAAGGAAGAAAUGCAACGGGAAAUUGAUAAAGUCAUAUACCUCGCCGCGGAGAGUUUGCGGGUAUGUGGCAUCCUUUUGACGCCGUUUAUGCCCGGGAAGGCGGGAAUGUUGCUGGGCCUGUUGGGUGUGGAACAGGACAGGAGAGGGUGGGAGUGGGCGGUUGUGGGGAAGGAUAAGACGUAUGGUGGGAUGGAGGUGCAGGGCGGAGAUGGAGUGGUGAGGAAAGGAAGGGUAGAGAAGCAGGAGGGAGUCUUAUUUCCGGGUUUGACAAGUCUGUUUUGA